UCCUCUUCUGUGGCAGUCAGUGGCCCUCCCCCAAGCCUCCUGAGGGAGUGUCCUCUCAGAGUGGCAGAGCCAAAGGCCAGAGGAUCCCAGGACAGGACAGUCCCUCUGAGUCCGAGAUGCUGCUGCUGGCCCUGCUGCUGUUCCAGUUGAGGGCGGGGUCCCUGCGGAAGGUGCCGUCUUACUGGCUGCAGGUGCAGGAGCUGGUGACAGUGCAGGAGGGCCUGUGUGUGCUUGUGCCCUGUGCCUUCCACUCCGAGGCUUCCCGGAACCGCUCCACACUUGCUCACGGCUACUGGUACAAGAAAAAGGAGAAUUCCAAAAUUGAUCAAAGAACCGAUGAUCUUGUGGCCACAAACAACCCAGACAAGGAAGUAAAAAUGAAGAACAAACUUCAUUUCCUCCUCCUCGGAGACCCCCAGGCUGACAACUGCUCCCUGAGCAUCUCGGGGGUCCAGAAGGCCCACAGUGGAAGAUACUAUUUUCGGUUAGAGAAAGGAACUGUGAAAUACAAUUACAGAAGUAACCUGCUCACCCUGAUUGUCACAGGUUUGACCCAAACCCCAGACAUCCACAUCCGGGAGCCUCUGCAGUCGGGCCACCUCAGCCACGUGACAUGCUCCAUGCCUGGGACCUGUGACUGGCCCAUGGCUCCCAAUAUCUCCUGGGCUGGGGCUGCCCUGAGAGCCCUGGGGUCAGGCCUGGAGCCCUCCACCGCCUCAGAGAUCCUGCUCACACCCAACCCCCAGGACCAUGGCACCCACCUCUCCUGCCGGGUGACCUUCCCCGGGGCUGGCGUGUCCUCGGAGAGAACUGUCCAGCUCAGUGUGUCCUAUGCUCCUCAGAACCUGACCAUCAGCAUCCCCACUGCAGGUGGCCCAGUCCCAGAGUCCCAGGGAAACGUCUCGUAUCUGGAAGUCCAGAAAGGCCAGUUCCUGCGGCUCCUCUGUACUGUCGACAGCCAUCCCCCUGCCACACUGAGCUGGGUCCUGGAGGACCGAGUCCUCUCCUGGUCCUGCUCCUCGGGUCCCAGAACCCUGGAGCUGGAGCUGCCCACCGUGAGACCUGGGGACUCUGGGCGCUACACCUGCCAAGCAGAGAACGGGCUGGGCUCCCAGCGUGGCACCCUGGACCUCUCUGUGCAGUAUCCUCCGGAGGACCUGAGAGUGACAGUUUCCCAAGAAAACAGGACAGUCCUGGAAGUCAUCCGGAACGGUACGUCCCUCCCGGUCCUGGAAGGCCAGAGCCUGCGCCUGGUCUGUGUGGCCUACAGCCACCCCCCAGCCAGGCUGAGCUGGACCUGGGGGCCGCAGACCCUGAGCCCUGAGUGGCCCUCCGACCCCGGGGUCCUGGAGCUGCCCUGGGUGCAGACAGAGCACGAAGGAGAAUUCACCUGCCACGCCCGCAGCCCGCUGGGCGCCCAGCACAUCUCCCUGAGCCUCUCUGUGCACUACCCCCCGCGGCUGCUGGGACCCUCCUGCUCCUGGGAGGCCCGGGCUCUGCGCUGCAGCUGCUCCUCCCGCGCCUGGCCCACCCCCUCCCUGCACUGGCGGCUGGGGGAGGGGCUGCUGGAGGGGAACAGCAGCAAUGCCUCCCUCAGGGUCACCUCCAGCUCCGCGGGGCCCUGGGCCAACAGCUCCCUGAGCCUCCAUGAGGGGGUCAGCUCUGGCCUCAGGCUCAGCUGCGAGGCCCAGAACGCCCACGGCACCCAGAGCGCCACCGUCCUGCUGCUGCCAGGGAAAGCAGAACUCAGGGGAGGAGCACUUCUGGGGACACUGGGGGCUGCUGGUGGUGCUGCUCUACUCUUCUGCACCUGCCUCAUCUUCUUCUUGAUGAAGACCCACAGGAAGAAAGCUGGCCGAACAACAGGCACUGUGGGGGACGCCCCCACUGACCUGGGUCCUGUCUAUGGGCUUCCUGGAGCUCCGGCCCCGCCAGCCCGAGGAGCAGGCGGCCACCAGCAGGACAGAAUAUGCAGAGAUCAACCUCUGCAAGUGAAGGCCCUCAGGAGCGCCCGGACUUCCUGGGAGGGAGACGCAGGGACAGUUCCUAGGCCAGCAGUUCUCCACGUGCACAGCAGAGGGAGCAGCAGAGGGGGGCCCCGCCCUGGUGCUGGGCCGAACUGGGCCCCAAUUUCAGCCCCAUCACCAGUGAGGAGCCCGACUCUGAGCAAAUGACUUCACUCCUCAAUUUCCUCCUCUGCAAAAUGGACCUACCUCACAGGACUGUGGUGGGCCAUCAAGGAAGAAGCGCCAUCAAGCACCCAAGGGACUGUGUCUGCAGAGAGGCCGUCGCCCAGAGCCCCCUGCCAAGGCCACACACUAGUGUGGAGCCCACUAGGUCUGUCCUCCUGGCCCAGUCGGGGCACACCCGGCAGGGUGCCCCAGCUUCGCAGAGCCCCAGGGUCAGUCGGGCGACCCUGGGCUGCAGCCAUCCUCCUGCCCGCCUGCUCCUCCCUGCUCCCCUCCACGCGGGUUAGCUGCUAGGGCGACACCCUGUCUGUCCCUCCUCGCAAGCACACGCCAUCUCCUCGGCUGCUUCCGGGACCCCACCUCUGCUCGCACAGCGCUCCUGUUCAUCUGGAACAGAUCCCAGCGGGGUCAACCGCUCCCCUCCUGCCGAGGUGCACGGCCUGCUGCUUUGGUUCUGCCUCUCGGCUUCUUCUUUGACUGUGGCUGCAGUCUGGGUUCCACACACAGAGUGACAUGGCCCUUCCGGGGGCACUUCCUGCUUCCUCUGCUCCUUUCCGUUGUGCCUUUGUUAGUGAGAAGGCAAGUGGACAUCAGCUCCAGGAGCCGGGCCUGCGUGAGCCGUGCUGGCCGCAAGGGAAGGACCUGGCUGCCGCUCCUCGGAUUCCCUGGCUGAGGCCCUCCCUCCCAUCAGGAGGACACUGCACGUCUUGGUCAAUGACGUGUGACAAUGUUGUUUGUGACAGGAAAGAACAUCGUUGUCAAAUUUUGGCCCUCUUUUCAACAGGAUGCUUGAUGAUUCCAACUUCCCCAUUGCUAGC